UCCAGGGUGUUCCCCGCCUUCAGCCCAAUUGUAGCUGAGAUAGGCGCCAGCGCCCCCCGCAACCCCAAAAGGGAAUAAGCGGUAGAAAAUGGAUGGGAAUAAAUGGAUAAAAUCAGUGUCAGUUGAAUCGGUCCAUAGGUUGCCUGUAGGGAUUUUUAAUGUCCAGCAGAUGUCAGUAUUUAGUGACAGUAUUGAAACAGUAUCAAUACAGUUUUGCAAUGUGUCGAAACGAUACAUGAAGCCUCAUCAACCCAUCACUAGUAAAUAUUGUAAAUCCCACAUUCUUUGCUUGUACAUUCUGGGUGUUUCAUUCAGUAAAAAAAAACAAAAUUAUAUUCCUUUUUUAAGAGAGUUUGACAUAACGUAUUUAAAUUCUAUCAGACAUGAUUGUGACUUUUUGUAUGAGUGUUCUUACCACCUGUUUCAUCAGGUCGUUCCUUGCUUAGUUUAAGGGUGUCUUUUGGGUGGACUUCAUGUUUAGUGCUCUUUAUUUUGGAUUUUGUCACUCCUUAACCCACAAGCUGCCUUCUGCCUUUUUGAGGUGACGACCUCUACUAAAGAGAGCACACCUGACAGAACGAUUCCACCAACGAAGGGAGGCGGGCUUAAAUCGCGCUCUUACACCAGGUGGGAUAAUCAAUACAAACAAGACACAGGUGAGGGGGAAGCGCUGCGAAGCAGAGUAAAGCUACUGCAGACAGAAUACAAACAAAACAUGGAAGUGAACCCAAAGAAAUACCAGAAAGUGAAGUAUAUUUAUAUUGCGUUUUUCUCUAGUGACUCAAAGCGCUUUUACAUAGUGAAACCCAAGUUAAGUUAUAUUUAAACCAGCAUGGGUGGCACUGGGAGCAGGUGGGUAAAGUGUCGUACCCAAGGACACAACCGUAGGGACUAGGAUGGCGGAAGCUGGGAUUGAACCCGGAACCCUCAAGUUUCUGGCAUGGCCACGCUACCAACCGGGCUAUACCGCCCCAAAAAGACUCUCAUAAACUAAACAAAGAACGACCUGAUGAAACGGGUUGUAACAAGUGUUGCGUUUAGACAAAUUAUACGGUUUAUUUUUUUUUAUCCAGCAGACAAUGCAGGUAAUUGCAACAGUCCGUUCAGGUGCCGUGGCGACGCAUACAUAAAGAUACAGGCCGCUUCCCGGUUGGAACCGGCAGUGGGCGUGGUGUGGAGCUGGGACAACAAGCCGCAGACGCACCGCGACGCCGCCGCGCAUCAGUCGAGCUUCCCCCGCCGAGGAGCCAGGGUCCGCCGGCUGACGUCUCUGCGAGAACCGAGACUCGUGUUCGCCCUCCGGCCCUCCCUGGGCUCCCAUGGCGGAGAGCCAGGCGCCGACCGGGAGCGUCCUGCCACUGUGAGCCACCCGUGGGGCCACCGGAGGCGUACUAGUGUGCGCGAUGAGCGGCGGAGAAGUGGUGCUGCAGGGCUGGCUGAGGAAGUCCCCGCCGGAGAGGAAACUGCGGAGAUAUGCGUGGAAGAGGCGCUGGUUCAUCCUGCGCAGCGGGCGCAUGAGCGGCGACGCAGACGUGCUGGAGUACUACAAGAACCAGCACGCCAAGAAGCCCAUCAGGGUCAUCGACCUUCACGCCUGCCAGCAGGUGGACGCCGGCCUCACCUUCAAGAGAAAGGAGUUCCAGGACAGCUUCGUGUUCGACAUCAAGACCUCCGAGCGCACCUUCUACCUGGUGGCCGACACCCAGGACGACAUGAACAAGUGGGUGCGCUCCAUCUGCCAGCUGUGCGGAUUUAACCAGUCCGAGGACAACCAGCACGACGGCCGACAUCUUCCUCGUUCUGUCGGAGCAGACGUGGGCGACUCCGUGGCCCCGCUGAGCGGCGGCGACCAUCAUCAUCAUCAUCAUCAUCAUCGCAGGGCGGCGGCGCCCGUCCACUCCAGCCAACCGGUGCUGUUCACCUUCGACAUGCCCGCCCGCCACUCGCAGCAGCUGUCCAACAGCGCCCCCCAGGACUACCUGCUGCUGCACCAGUGCAUGAGCAGGAAGACGGAGAGCGCACGCAGUGCCAGCUUCUCCCAGGCCACCAGAAGCCAUGUAUUGAUGGAAAGCGACUCAGCGGUGCAGAGGUUGUCUCACGGUCUUAACGGGAUGGGCGCUCAGCUGCACGGCUUCUACAGCUUCCCGAAGCCUGGAAAGCUCAACUCCCCGGCGCCGGAUUACUCCCCCGAAGAGGCCGGUUAUGUCCUCCCCCGGGGUCUGGGCAGCGAGGCUGACGGCGGCCCGUGGGAGUCGUACCCGGAGGACGAGGACGUUUACACCUUCCAGACGCCGUGCAAUGCUCUGGCCGCCGCACAGCCGGGCGACAACUACGACCUCCCCACCCCGCCCGGGUCUUUCUACCAAAUACCGCGGACACUGGACAAGAACCAUAACGCGCUGACGGCGCCUGGCUCGGAGUCGGCCUGCGCUCCACCCCCUCCCAGGCCACCCAAGCCCGGCGGCGAACAAUGGGGGAGUCCUCGUUCGCUGGGGAGUCAGAACGGAGAGGCGGCGGUGGCCGUCAUCCCGCGGAGGAACACUCUGCCAGCCGUGGAGAACAUCCGACUGCACCGAGGUUCAUCGUUUGAAACCGCCGGCCAUCAGCGUCCUUCACUCUUCAACAGGUCGGGACAGUCGGUGGAGUCUGUGGACGACGGCUUCAGCUCCUACUUGAGAACCACAACCCCGCUGACCCGCUCGGACAGUGGUGCCUCGGAUGACAACUACGUGCCCAUGAACCCCGGCUCGUCGCCGCUUAGCACCGCCCAGGCGGACAGUCCCAGGACCGCCUACAUCCCCAUGAGCCCCGGGCCACAGCACUUUGACUUCCCGGGCUUCUCCGCCACGCUGCCCGCCCGCAAGGGGAGCUCCGCCUCCUUGUGCCAGCGGCCCGGGCGCCUCAGCGACGUCACGCCGCCGCCCAUCAACCGCAACCUCAAACCCAACAGGAAGUCUAAACCGACACCUCUGGACCUGAAGAACAGCAGCUUGAUUGACGAGCUUCCCUUCAAGAGUCCCGUCACCACGUCUUGGACACGCCCCUUAUCCAACAUGGAGGCCGUGUCAUCACAGCGAUGUCGUCCAGUGUCCACACAAAGCGUCACCAGCACAGACUCUGCAGACAGCGAGGAGAACUAUGUGGCCAUGCAGAACCCGGCGUCCACCUCGCCGGCCGUGAGCGCCAGCGGCAGCCCCGCCCUCCGCAAGAGCGGCAACGUGGACUACUUGGCGCUGGACUUCCAACCCGCCUCUCCCUGCACGCACAGAAAACCGUCCACAUCGUCGGUGACAUCAGACGAGAAGGUGGACUACGUGCUGGUGGACAAGGAGAAGACCCAGGCGCUACAGAACACCAUGCAGGAGUGGACUGACGUGAGACAGUCCACUGAGCCCACCAAGGGGGUCAAGUCUUGACCCUGCGCCUGCCUGGAGGAGGAGAAGAAGAAGAAGAAGCCAUAAGUGAGGUGUGCCAGGACGUGCAGAAUGUGCCGCGGGCUGUAAGAAAAGGAGCAGAUUUGGAAAUGGGAUCAGGGAACCAAAAUGGUCGACAAGCUGUGCAUUUUACUGUAAUAUUUGUUUUGUAAAGACCAGAUAGGAUGCUUUUUAGUUUUUAAACCCUCAAAGAGCUUGUAAUAGUUGUAUUUAUUCAUGUCCCGUGUUUGUACUGCAAGGACCCCAUGUUCGAUUUGCACAUGUCAAAUGAAUAAUGAACAAUCCUUGCCCCUUUCUGCUCUGCCACUGAUAAUAAUAUAACAGCAAACUUACUGAGUGCUGCUCUUGUAAACACAAGUACUAACUUUGAAUCAGGACAAAUAUUGAAGUAUAUGUUUUUAUUUUGUUAUUUUUGUUAUUUUGUACCCAAAAAAAAAAGGAUUAUUUAACAAUUUAUUUACAAUUAAUUAGUUUUAGUCCGAAACAUGCGUCAAAUAAAUUUAGGUUGGAUUUAAAAAGUAUAAACAUGGUUUCACGAAAAAAGAAAAAAAAAAAGUGCCAAACAAAUGUUUUAAUAGGGCCCUAAAAUAGUUUUUGACGAUUUUUGAAAAUUAUAAAUCAAUUUUGAAUCUGAAUUAUUAUUUAUAUUUUAUUUUAUUUACCAAACCUAUACUCACAAUGUGCAUGAAAAUCAAGGCACUUGCAACAUAUUCAAAAAUUUUACACAUUAUCACAUUAACAAAACUUGUCAAGGAAAUAAAAUAAAAGCAAAUACAAACAUGUAUAUUAAAAAUAACAAUAAACUAUAAUAAUAGUAAGAUGAUAAAAUAUAUAAUUCAAAAAGAACAAAAAAAGGGCGAAUUUAAAUCACUUUACAUUUUUUCAAUAACAAUAUCAAUUCCAGGGUUUUUGUACUUUUAGCAAUUUUCCAAGAUUGAAAUAAUAAAUUUAAACCAUUAAGCCAGUUAAAAAAUGAAGGUUUUUCUUUCAGAAAUUUGAAUCAGAAUGAAUUAGAAUCGCAAUUUGGAUGUAAAUUGAUUUCUUUGUGCACCUCAACAUGAAAUGUUACAGUUGAGAUAAGGAUAGUUAAUAUUACACACAUUAUAGUAACUUUAUUGAAGAAACGUAAUCCUUCUGUAUGCGGCCUGGCAGGAUCAAGUUUGGACACCUCCGAGGUACAGGUCCUUCAUAACAAUUGGAAAUAUUUGGAAGCUAACGCUAAUAAAUCAUUCUAAUGUUUACUUUUUCCCAACACUUAAUAAUUUGUGAAAAUGUUUUUCAAUAAGGUCUAAAAAAAAGUUUUUGGUCGAUACAAUCUUUAAAAUAACACAGCGAAGGUCGACCUCCCCUCCCUGGCAUGCAUUGACCUCACCAAGAUGGCCGACCUCGCUGGCAUGCACUGACCUCACCAAGAUGGCCGACCUGCUUUGUCUGUAAAUCAGGACAAAUAGGAGCCAAGUAGGAUUAGUAUCGACGUAAUCGUCACUUAGCAUCAAAAUCACCCUUUUUAUUGAACCCUGACUGACUAAAAUAAUGAUUUUAAUCAUCUUUUUGAUAAGAAAAAGAAAGAUUUUAACAAUGGUCCGUGAGUAAAAAAUGCCUUUGUUUGCCUAUAUCCUGUAACUCCCGUGAGGGGGAGGAGCCAUCAGUCAUUUCUUUGUUGGCAGGAUCAAGUUAGGACACCCCCGGAGUACAGGUCCUUCAUAACAAUUGGAGGUAUUUGGAAGCUAAUGCUAAUCAACCACUCAAAUAAUUCCUUUUUCCCUACUUAAUAAUUGUGAAAGUGUUUUUCAAAAGGGCCUACAAAAACGUUUUUUGGUCGAUACAAUCUUUAAAACAACAGCGAAGGUCGACCUCCCCUGCUGGUAUGCACUGACCUUACCAAGAUGGCCGACAUGUCUCGACUGUAAAUCCGGACAAAUACGAGCCAAGUAGGAUUAGUAUAUCGAAAUCGCCCUUUUUGUUGAACCCUGACUGACUAAAAUAAUCAUUUUAAUCAUCUUUUUGAUAAGAAAAUGAAUGAUUUUAAUGUGUCCGUGAGUAAAGCAUUUAUUUGUUUGCUGUAUUUCCUGUGAGGGGGAGGAGCCAUCAGUCAUAUCUUUGUGGGCAAGAUUAAGUUUGGACACCCCUGAGGCACAGGUCCUCAACAUACUUGCCAACCCUCCCUGAUUUUCCGGGAGACUCCCAAAAUUCAGGGCCUCUCCCAAAAACCUCCCAGGACAAAUUUUCUCCCGAAAAUCUCCCGAAAUUCAGGCGGGGCUGGAGGCCACGCCCCCUCAAGCUCCAUGAGAACAGACUCAGCAAUGUUGUGACCCUCUUAAACAGGAAGAUACUGCCAUCUACUGUACAUAGAAUAGAAUAGAAUGUACUUUAUUGAUCCCUGGGGCAUAUUCAGCGCCACAGUUCGCUCACAAUAAACAAUUCUAAUAAUAAAUAAUAUAAUAUAUAUACAAUAUAUAAUAUAUGAAUAAUAUUAAUAUAUUCUACAUAUAUUCUACAUUUAAGUGCAGUCAAGGAACAUGCAUUAGGGAGUCCGUUCUGAAGCCCACAGUAAAGAGACGUAACUUCAUCACGUCGCCUGGUUAUUGACUCCAACCCAAUUUAUUCCACCGUCGAUGAACAAAAUGAAGAAAUACGCUUGCAAGUUCCAGAACGAAUGGAAACAAGAAUUGUAAUUUAUCCAGGAGAGUUCGAAGGGGAAAGGGUAUGUUGCCUGUAAAUUUUGUAGAGCAGACUUCUCCAUUGACCACGGUGAACGGAUAUACUCAGCCAUGAACGGUCAGCGAAGCACAAAGCGUCCGCAGCGCAGCAUCGUUCACAACCCAGUAUUAUGGGCCACCUCGCAAAAUGGAGACCCGAUGGUGUAACUUAUGCUGAGACAAAGAUGGCUAUGCUGAUAGCUGGAAGCAACAUCCCGUUCUCAUUUGCGGAUGUCUCUAACAAAUCCGUGAAGGUUAUGUUCCCGGAUUGGGAGAUCGCUCGCCAGUACGCAAAUGGCAGAACAAAGGUUACUCAAAUAGUGAAAGGUAAGUGUUGUUGUUUUUUUUUGUAACCAGCAAGCAUAGUACAGUUAGUAGAACAACUGUGUUUUUAUUACUGUGUAUUUGAUAGGUGCCGUCGGAAAUUCAACUAUUUAUUUUAUUUAUAUAUACAAUACAAUAAAUAUAUAUAGCUAGAAUUCACUGAUAGUCAAGUAUUUCAUACAUGUAUAUAUAUAUAUAUAUACGAAAUAUAUAUGAAAUACUCGCGUUGGUGAAUUAUACUACUCCCCUCUUAACCACGCCCCCCGCCCCAACUACGCCUCCGCCUCACCCCUGACCACGACCCCCCAACCCCCACCUCCCGAAAUCAGAGGUCUCAAGGUUGGCAAGUAUGGUCCUCAAUAACAAUUAUUUGGAAGCUAAUCCUAAUAAACCACUCAAAUGGUUCCUUUUUCCCCACUUAAACAUUUUGAAAAUGUUUUUCAACAAGGGUUAAAAAAAAGUUUUUGGUCGAUACAAUCUUUAAAAUAAUACAGCGAAGGUCGACCUCCCCUCGCUGGCAUGCACUGACCUCACCAAGAUGGCCGACCUAGCUGGCAUGCACUGACCUCACCAAGAUGGCCGACCUAGCUGGCAUGCACUGACCUCACCAAGAUGGCCGACCUAGCUGGCAUGCACUGACCUCACCAAGAUGGCCGACUUGCCUGACUCUAAAUUAGGACGAAUACGAGCCAAGGAGGAUUAAUACAUCGAAAUCGCCGUUUUAGUUGAACCCUGACUGACUAAAAUUAUCAUUUUAAUCAUCUUUUCGAUAAGUAAAGGAAUGAUUUUAACAAGUGUCCGUGAGUAAAAAAUGCCUUUGUCAUUUCACACGAUGUUUGCCUACUUCCGGUAACUCCUGUGAGGGGGGGAAGGGGGGGGAGCCUUCAGUCCUUUCUUUGUGGGCUGGAAUCAGCCACUUUACUUUUCUACCAUUUCUACCGCUUUUCUAUUUUUUCUACUCCCGAGUGCACGCGGGUGAGGAGGACGACGCUGCAGCUCCUCUUUUUUUUUUUUUUUUUAUCGAGAAAAAAGUCAACACUGAAGGAAAAGACGAGUCCAAUGUUGUGUGUUACAUUGUUUGUGUCCUACUGUAAACAUUGUGUAUUAAUUUAUUACCGCCCCUCGUACUUCCACGGGGGUCGAAUCAUUAGGUACACGUGUCAACGCACGCGAUGACGACCAUCACCUAUCCCCCCUGGCAUCACUUCAAGAAUGAAAACACAAUUGUCAUUAUUUUUAUUGUGGGUAGGAAUCAAACUGAGAGCUCUCUGCUAAAACAUUACAAAGUUGUGCGAUAUCGCGAUAAUGCAUGACGAUGACACGUUCUGGUUGUGUGGCAAGUUUGAUAAGCGAACGACGGCGUCCUCAACGCAAUGUAGCGUACUCGGCUAACAUCCCUUUACAGUGUGAAGCCAUCAUUAAUCCACAGCGGCGAACAAAGUAUGUUUUUUUACAAUUAUCACUGGUGUACGAGGACUCGCUGAACGUGUACACCUUGCCAUGCCAACCGCUUAUCUAGUGCUCCUGAUUGGCGACGGGGGCGGGUGGAUUGAUAAAAAUAUAGACAGUAACGAUGGUCGAUACCACCGUGAUCAGAUUGAUAUUUUUUACCGUCCCAAAGUAGUUUUUUUGGAUCUUUUUUGUUGUUUACAAACUCAGGAAAUAAGUUAUUGGAGCAAGGAGGACUUUCAGGGCAAAAACCAAAGGAUUUGAAAUCAGAGCCAUAGUUGUUGUUUAUGUUUACCUAUUUAUUUGCACUGUUGACUUUAUUCAGACUCAAAUAUCACAUGUAAGAGUAAAUACUUUAAAUACACUGUAAACAAUAACAUUUUACGGUAAAUUACUAGCAGCUCGUCGCUACAAUAUUAUUGUAAAAUUAUCAUGUAUAUUCAUAUGUGUAUAUAUAUACUGUAUGUAUAUAUAUAUAUAUUUAUUAAAUAUGUAUUACAUAUGUAUGUAUAUAUGUACAUAUAUGUACGUAUAUCUACGUGUAUAUAUAUAUAUAUAUACAUAUAUAUAUAUAUAUAUCCAUCCAUCCAUUUUCUACCGCUUAUUCCCUUUAUAAAUAAAUAAAUAUAUAUAUAUAUAUAUAUAUACGUAUAUAUGUAUACAUGUAUAUAUAUGUAUGUAUACAUGUAUAUAUGUAUAUACAUGUAUAUAUGUAUGUAUAUAUAUAUAUAUAUAUAUAUAUAUCAGUGACGUGCAGUGAGGUUCAUGGCUGGUGAGGCACUGACUUCAUCACAGUCAGAUUUAUAAACAUAUGAACCCUAAACAGUAUGUUAUUCACCAUUUGAUUGGCAGCAGUUAUGUUUAAAGGCUCAUUAGGGACGGUGUGGCGCAGUGGGAGAGUGGCCGUGCGGAACCCGAGGGUCACUGGUUCAAUUCCCACCUAGUACCAACCUUGUCACGUCCGUUGUGUCCUUGAGCAAGACACUUCACCCUUGCUCCUGAUGGGUGCUGGUUAGCGCCUUGCAUGGCAGCUCCCUCCAUCAGUGUAUGAAUGUGUGUGAAUGGGUAAAUGUGGAAGUAGUGUCAAAGCGCUUUGAGUACCUUGAAGGUAGAAAAGCGCUAUACAAGUACAACCCAUUUAUCAUUUAUUUAUUAUACCAGCAUUCUUUACACAUACAAACUAGCACACAAAAAAGCAUAUUUAAUUAAAAAAAACGUUAUUAUGGUCUUACCUUUACUUAUAAAUGAAGUCAAUGCGCCGCUCCUUCUGAACAAAAGCAUCGAUAACUUGUUUAUAGAAGUCUUCCUUAUCCUUCUUCAGUUUUAAAAGUCUCUCUGUCUUGAUGGAGAUCACUGUCUGAAGCAAACCUUUUAGCUCCCGCGUUGGUCUUCCUUUAAUUAUUACCUCCUGCUUCGAUUGAAAGUCCAGUUUCGAAAACUGUUUUAUUUUAGAUAUGUAAUAAUCCAUGCUAAAAGUCCAGGGGAGAGGAAAAAUAAACGAUCGCUGCCGCUGCACUUAACUAGCUAACUGUAGCUUGUUGUCACUUAUUCUGCAGCCUAGUAUUCGCAGGAAUGAUCUCUGGGAUCACUAGCGCCCUCUAUCACCAGGAGGCGGAACAACAGGUGCCUCACACAGUGCGUCUUCGCAGCCGUUUUAUGAUUGCCCAGCACAAGAAAUAGGUUACACACACACAGGUGUUGACAAAAUACACUGUACAUUAUAUACCUCAGCUAACUGAACUAUGGAAAUGUAUAAUAUAAUUCAUAUAGCAAUACUGUCUCACUGCACAGCAGCCAGCAGUUAGCCGAGUCAUUGCGCAAUCCAUGGUGAGGCUCAACUGGCUGUGACUCACUGCAAGUCUCUUCUCAGUAUUUGAACGGCAAAUGUGAAAAUUCAGCAAUUUUGAAUUAAAAAUAAUCUAAAACUGGUGAAGUUAAAUGGAAAAUAACUUUAUGAAGUAUAAUCACUGGAUACAUACAACAAUUUAAUUAAUUUGUUUUCUUUUCUACAUUUUUUCUUUCCAUGAUGGCACGAGAGGCCUGCCUCCCCUGACUGCACGUCACUGAUAUAUAUAUCAUUGACGUAUAUAUAUAUAUAUACACAGAGCAGCUCUCAGUAUGGCCCAGAACUCCAAUAUUGGCAUUAUUAUUAUUUAGAUUAAUAUCACAAUAAUAUUAUGAUAUUGUUUUUAUUGUGUGUUGUUCGCAUGUGUACCUAAUGAAGUGUCCAGUGAGUACAGUGUUUGAAUGAUAUGAAGAAAUGAAUUUAUUAUUCCUGUAUCGUGUCAACUGUGGAUGUACAAUAAAUCAACAAGUCAACUUUU